AUACCUAUCCACUUCCCACCUUCAACCGAUUUGGUUCAAACAGCUCAACAACUUUACUAUUUACUAGUAAAUUGUUUGUUAUUUUUAUACAACUACCACAGUCCGUACACUAGAGCCGCAAAAGUAUCCAAAUUUUGUAUACAGUUCGCGUUCCUUCUUUUGGCACUAACCACAAGUUCAUCAGAUUGUCGGACAAACGGUAACUAAUCCCCAGUACAUUGGCUGUUGCCCCCAUGGAGCAGCUCUUUGAGUUCCCGGCUCGUGCGAUGGGCCUGGGAUUGGUCCAGAUACCGCAGAUGCAGAUACCAAUCCCAUGCACUAGGGAAUACUCUCUAAAUCCAAAUGCAGUGGAAUUCGUGCCAUCUUUUCGCCAGAAAUCCGAGCCCCCAAGCCCAGUGGCCAAAACCGAGUCGACCUCAACUACAACAUUGCAGCGCACCGAGGUCGUUGGAGAUGCCGUGAAUCGUGUGGAAAAUGGGUUUUUUCCCAAGCGCCAGAUCUUUGAGCUACUUAGUCAACUGGGCGAUGAGCAAAUGCCUCUCGAGGAGAUCGCGGUGGGUGUGUUACCAGGAGGACAUGGUCUUAGUAUGACUUUCAACACCAAACAGCACGACAAGCUGCAGUCCUUGGAUCGCACUACUCCAGUAAACCACGGUCGGCAGUGCCUCCUGCUGGCUGUGGGCGAUCAGGAGAAGCUGGCCAACAGACCUGAGACCGUCCUAGUCGCCCAGUUUCUCAUCCGGGUCAACGAUCUUUUGAACGAGAAGUAUGAGUACGGUGGCGAUGCAUCCGUGUGUCCCAGGUGCACGUUGUGCUCCAAUCGCAGCUAUACGGAGCUGGAAAUCGAGAACCAAAUCGAUUGCAUAAAGGCAUUUGAGAAAUUUUUCACCUUCUCGGAAUCAACUCUCUACCAAGACUUGGUUUCUCACAACGCCUUCAAGGAGCUGUGCCACCGGCUGGGCUUGAUCGUGAGCCGAGAUCAGAUCCACGUUAAUCGAGCUUCCACAGUAGUGCCUCCACCCACGGCACAGUCCUCCAGUGUCACCGUUUGCAUGUCCAAGAACGAGAUGGCACCGAAUGUGGAGGCCAAGGCUUAUAGCGGAGAUGACGAGUCUCAUUCCAACGGCAGUGAGCUGGCCGCGAAUGGAGGUCAACACGAAUCUAUUUCGAAUGAAUAUGUGACGGGAAAGCUUUACAGAUACGAGGACUCUGAUGGAUCGCAGGUGGUCAACGAAAUGAGUGAGAAUCAACAACAUAUUGAGCCCAUGAUGGUGGAUGACUUCCAGUUGGACUUACCACCAACCACGCCGCCCAAGACCGUGGCAACCACUAGUGUGCCGGCCACCUUUCCACGGGUGUACAAGUCGGCCAAGGCCAAGUGCUCGGCUCGCGAGGCAGGAUCUAAUGGUCAACAGAGUGGCUACGGUAACAGAGCAGUCCGUUCAAUGAUGCAGCCGGCCAAGGGGUCACCCACGGCUUCACAUUGUCGGACUAUUGCAGUUGGUGGCCACCAACAAGCUGGAUCGGCUGCUCCCCGAAAGCUCCCAAUGGAUUCGUGUCCAACCGGGAUUGCCGGUAAGCAGAAUAGGUUGACUCAGGCAAAAUCAGGAUGUGUUUACCAGCCUUCUGGCAGUUUGCAAGGAGUUGCAACAGGUCGCGUCACAAAACAAGGAAAAGCUGUUACAAACGUACAAAAACCGCAGUCAAAUCAUAUUUGCAAGACGGGUAAAAAUUCUACGGCCAGUAGGAUUGCCAUAACUAAUCAAAAGCAAACCAAUGGCAACUCGCAGCGAAUGAUGCCAAGAAGCACAAACGCCUCCAUGAUGCGUCAAUCCGAGGUCAAGCGGCGCAUGAGUUUGAUGCGCGGCGACAGUGAUUUGGAUCUGCUUUAUAACGAAUAUCUCUUCAAAUGAUUUGCAAAUGCGUUAUAUGGAUUCGUUGCUUGCCUUUCAAAUAUAUUAGUUUUUCCAAUCCAA